GGGGGCAGGGCCCGCCACACCCCCCCGGGAUUUGGGGCAGGAUUUGGGAUGGGAGGACUCCAGGGCCGACCCCCAAAUCCCCGAGUCCUGCUCGGAUGUCGGGGGGCUCCUUGCCCCGCUCGGGGGGUGCAGCCUCGGGGGGUCCCCGCGCUGCUGUCCCCGUCCUGGCAGCCCUGGCGGUGUCACCCCCGGGGACCGCGACAAUUUUGGGGACCGCCACGUCACCCCCAGGAGCAGGAGCCGCCUGCGGGGGGUGGCAGCGCGGCUCCGCCUGUGCUCUUCUUCCUCGUCCCUCUUCCCCGAGACGCUCCCGAUGUCCCCGAGACCACCCGGGGUCGCUGUCACCUCCCCCCCGGGCCGCUGUGUCCCCGCAGGGGACAGGGACGUGUCCGGUGGCGAUGGAGAAGGGACCGGCGGCUCUUGGGGUGACACCCAGACCGUCCACGGCUUGUCCCCUGGGGGUGGCAGCGCCCCCAAAUCCGGGACCGGGGUCCUGCGGGGACUUGGGGACAAGGGACACACCCAGAACUCUCUGUCACUUGCCCGGGACUCCCCCAGAUCCAGUCCCUGGCUCUGGCCGGUCCCGGGGAAGCGGCAACACCCCCAGAAGUCCCCGCCGGUCACUCGAGGUCCCCCCAGUGCCACCAGCAGCCCCAGGACUGAGGGUGGCACUGGGUGGCAACGCCAUUCGCCCUUGGGGACAUCCCGGUCCCAGCGGGUCCUCAGGCACCUCCUCGUCCCGCGACCACCUGGCAGUGCCAGUGGGGAGCUGGGAACACCCUCGGUGCCACUGUCACCCAACGGGGAAUUGGGGACACCCUCGGUGCCACUGUCACCCGGCUGUGCCACCCCACACUCCGAGAGCCACCAAGAGGACGUGACACAGGACCAGGCACCCUGCGAAUGUCACAGCCCUGGUGGCAGCCCCGGGCGUGGCACGGAUGCCACCAGCAGCGCCGGGGGUGGCACCGGGAGCGGUGGCCGCGUGUCGCUGUGGCAGCCGGAUCUUGGGGACAAUCCCGGUGCUGUCACCGAGCUGCCGCGGCUCGAGGGCCUGGCACGGGGACAGCGGGGGUGGCCCAAGGGGCACAGCCCGGAGCUCGUGGCCGCGCUCAGGACCGGGCACAUCCCUGACUGUGCCCAGGACGAGCUGGCACUGAGCCGGCACUUCAAGCAGCCACAGCGGGGCCGGGCCGGGCGCGAGGGGCAGCUUAAGUGCAGCUUCAACUACCUGCUGCUGGACCCCAGGGUGACCCAGGACCUGCCCCGGCGCAGCCCCAGCCUCAGCCCGGCUCAGCUCUUCCAGGAUUUUGUCACCGCCGUGUUCUACGUGGGCAAGGGGACACGUGCCAGGCCCUGGUGGCACCUGCGGCAAGCGCGGGCACAGCACCAGCGUGGGACACACAGGGGCUGCCCCAAGGUGCGGCGCAUCCUGGAGAUUUGGGAUUCGGGGCAGGGCGUGGUGCCCCUGCAGUGCUUCCAGCACCGCGUGCCCGCCGAGGCCUUCACCCGCGAGAGCUGCAUGCUGGAGGCGUUGGGCCUGCAGUCUCUGACCAAUGCCCGCCAGGGGCCAUGCUAUGGCGUGGCCGUGGCCUGGCCGGCCGAACGGCGCCGGCGCCUGGGGGUGUCCCUGCUGCACCGUGCCAUGAACGUCCUGCUGGCACAGGGAGAGUGCCAGCUGCGCCCUGGGGACAUCCCCGGGUGACACCGAGUGCCAUCUGCGCCCUGGGGUCAUCCCCGGGUGACACCGAGUGCCAUCUGCGCCCUGGGGACAUCCCCGGGUGACACCGAGUGCCAUCUGCGCCCUGGGGUCAUCCCCGGGUGACACCGAGUGCCAUCUGUGCCCUGGGGUCAUCCCCGGGUGACACUGAGUGCCAGAUGUGCCCUGGGGACAUCCUCGGGUGACACCGAGUGCCACAGGGUGACACUGAACCCCCCAGUGUGACACCAAGUGCCAGGUGACACCGAGCACCCC